GAUACAUUGCUCUACAUUUGGGCGCGGUAAUCGUCGCUGACAUUUGACCCUUGGGUGGCUGGCUGUUGAAUUGUUUUCGUGUUUCCUUCCUUAAAAUAUCAGGCUACUUCGUCGGUGUACAUCACGCAUCAUAAAUGAUUGCUUCUUCAUCCGUGUAUAUCGCAGGAGACAGCAAGAAUUAAUGCUGUCACUUGGUCGCUUCCUCGCUGCGACAUCUGACAUCGUUUUAGCAGGGCCGCGAGGGGACAAGAAACUUCGCCGCGAGUUCCUAAGUGUCAUGGAAAUAAACAUCAACUUCGGCCGUGCAAUUUGUGCCAAGUCUGCAGGUUGUAACGGAGUUACGACCGAUCGAAGAACGGUUUCGACAUUCUACCAUUUACCUUCGUUCCCGUUCACGAUCGUACACGGGACAUCGUUUCUGAUUCACCCGUUGUAAAUUUACCCGACAGCUGAUCGCUAGGUGCUCGCGAUUGGCUCGCGGCUCGGAUCAUUCGUGAUCCUCGAGUUCACUCGCAGCUAGAUCGGACCGAUUUUUCGCCAUUUACGGCACCCAGCCUUCUGACCUCGACGGACAUAAACGGGCAUCGAGCGAGACUCGGCCAAAGAGUACGGUGUUCUCCUUCUGUCUCUGUAAUAACACCAAAAUACCCGUGGCGCGGGCACAAAGGCAAAGGGAACGAAACUGAAACAGGUUUGCAUUGUAAAGAAGCUUUAAAAGGGUUACUGUUACGUAAGUUAGAGCGUCUCAACCGGAACCAUCCAGGGUCCAAUAAUUUUCCAAGAAUUUUCUUAAAAUUCCCUCUGACUUUGUUGAAAAAUUAUUCAUUUUUGCGGAAGCACUAUGGACCCGUUAAAUCGAAGAAGGGUUAAUAUUGAAAAUGGAAAUGUCUCCAAGCGUGGACCAAGUGCGAAAUCGCGUUAGCACUGUUUGCAAGCGAAACCCGUGGAUGCGAUUUCCUCCGUCUCUGCAUCCUCUGGCAUGCACGGCUCGUUAUCGGCGAGUGCCGUUUAUCGUCUUCGGCUAUCGGGCCAUUUCAUCGUGUAAAUUCCAAGCGCGGCAACGCAACGGUCCCGUCGUCGAACGGCGCUGGAACGGCGCAAAGAGACAUAUCGCCGGGGCGAUUAUUUAUUUGCGAAACGUAUUUAUAGAGUAUUACGCGGCGCAGGUUGGCAACCUCGUGCACGGUUAUGCAAUAAAUGAGAGAAGGAGCGAAAGGGACACGGGCGAGGAGGAGGAGGAGGAGGACUGAGGGAACGGUUCGAAGUGAGAGGAGGCGAUGCUCGGGGCCGCGGGGGCAGAGACAAUAAUACGGCGAAGCGAGAGAGGGUGGAAAGAGUGAGAAAGAAGGACGGGGAGUAAUGUUGGCGAGGGUGGGAGAACAUCGAGCCGGGUAGGGAGAAGCGCGCGCGUGUCCGAGAGAAAGAACGAACCUCCGAAGGAGUUAUUCGGCGACAGAAGGGCGAGGGAUGGCUGGCGGAGGGUGAGAAAGAAGCGUAUGAGAAAAGAAGGGUGAGCGGUGGAGACACGGCACGCGGAUGGGUGAAAGAAGAGAGACGUACAUGGAAAGAGGCAAUAACUUGAAAAUUCAUGCUGGAAGAGAGGGCCAAAUGGAGUGGCGUACGAGGGGGUGGGUAGGGCUCGUUGGAUGAGGAAGAGAGGACAAGGAAGAACGACGAUAACGCGUGACGAUAAUGUCAAUGUGAGAACUUAAGACCGGUAAAAAAUUGCACACUCUUUCCGUGAAGGAGGUGCAGUCGUUUAACACCGGUAACGGGUGUAGAUUGGCCGGUACUAAGGAAUUAAGGUGUCGCUUGUAAACGAUCGUUUGUACUUGAACCUUUGAACCUUGAUUGCAUUGUAACAGACACUGUCAGGAAUGAAAAGUGCAUUACCGCGUACAAAAGGGCCGCGCGUUGAAUCAAAAUACUUUGAAUGGACAACGGCGCACGUUGCAUUAAGUGCAUUAUGCUUGGGACAAAAAUGAAAGUGACCUUGGCACAAAUGCCUAAAGCGUACGCCGAUCGUGGAAUCGCAUUAACACUGAAUAUAAAUUAAAACCGAUUGUUACGCACCGUGUAGCAAUCCUGCGUCGGCCAAGAUGCAAUAGUUCAAUUGAAAGAGAAAUUGUGAAACACGAGAAGUUAUAAUUCCUCCAACGAGUAUUGCAUUCCAUCUGUGCAACGAAAUAAAAAAUUGCCGGUGGGAAUAUCGAGCCAAGGUUAACUUGAAACUUGGGUUUUUUAAAAAUUUAUUAUUCCCAGAAAAACGAUAGAAAAAUAGUGUAUCAUUCUCAUUGCAUUAUCGGUUCUACUCGUUACAUCAAGAGCCGCUCAUAAAAUUCCGCUGGUAUUAAAAAGAAUCUCUAGGUCCAUUAUCCCUAACCCUAAAUCCAGCAAGGCAACGCGUUCGUGGUCGUGACCGCGUCGUGACUACUCAAUCAAAGUUGAAGUCGUAAACGGCGGGAGUGAACGGAAAACCGUGAUGGUUCUUUAAUUAGUCGCGGCGGCGGUGGCCCCGUCGCUCGUCCCGAAAGACAAACUUUUCGGGGCCACAGUUUCAGAAACACGAUACGCACGUGUAUUUAGGAGCCGGUGCCCUUAACGAGUCGCGCUAAUAAAGUUAACGCGCCGCGUCGUACGAAAGGAGAUCGGAAAGCCCGCGUUCCACAGUCGGGAUCUACAUCGUGCGUUUCCGGGAUCGUUCGGAGUUGCGCAGUCGAUGAUCGUAAGGUAGUUUUCUCGGUCGGCGCAGCUCGGUCAGCUUCGGCGUUGGUCGCGUUGCGAGGGUGGUGGGGGUGUUGUCGACUCGGCGGGACGGGGAGAGCAAAGGGUGAGGCACUCGGCCAUCAUCGGCGGAGGCGCGCACAGUUCAGUGACCCGACGCAGCGUCAUUCGUUGGAGGGGAAGCGCGGGGAGUUCUGACAUAUUGUGAGAUGCCAACUCGCUAACGCCGGUCCCCGAAAAACACCUCUAUCUUUCUCUCUCUCUCUCUCUCUCUCUUCCUCUCUUUCCUUUCUAACGUUUCUUCUCUCUUGAUCCCCCCUUUUUUCCUCUCUUCCCGUCCUUUUUUUUAUCUCUCUCUUUCCCCCUAUCUAUCUGGCUUUACUUCAUCGGUGUCGUUUUUUCCCUCUGUUACUCCUGUCUCUUUCCCCUCUCCUCAGUUUUUCUAUCUCUGUCGUUAUAUCUCUCCUCCCCCCUCUUUUCUUUGUUUCUUUCUCCUCCCUCCCCUCUGGACGUUUUUCCAUCUUCGUCCGUCACGUUAUCUUUCUCCUUUGUUCGUCUCGUUUCUUCGCCAGUAACUCGGCUCGCCCGUACCGCCGCGAGGUUCAUCAAAUCCCCGAAAUAUUCAUGCGACAGUCGCACCAAGUUUCCGCGAGUUUCCGACCCGGCCCGAGCAGGAAGCGUGUCGGCGCGACGCCGGAUAAGGAAAUCGUACCGCGUGUCGUUUUAGCGGAUCGACCGCAUCGAUCGUAUCCAUCGAUUCGAUGUGAGUACAUACGUGCGCGUUGGAGCGCGAGACUGCCGAAAUUACCACGGAGCAAGGAAACGUGGAGGCAUCGUGUGCGCGAGUGUGUACACAAGUACACGUGUGCGUGGUGCGUGCGUGCCAGUGGUCCCGGUCGUACGACGAGUACGUUCGCCUUCGUCGUUCGUCCGCGCCCGUACAACCAACAUUUUCCUCGUUCGGCCUUCUUCGUUUCUUUCUUCGCACUGGCCAUUCUCCUUUCUCCCCUUUCUCUGUGUCCCGUGGCCGUUGCUCCAGCACUCUACUCGUCAUCUCUGCUCGAGUGCACCGUGGCCGGUUCGAGGGAGAGCCGCGACCCGCGUCUCGGAAUUCGUCGAAGGUCCACGAAACUCUCGCCGCGCUUUUCGUGCUCGAGAACACGAGGGAACAAGGAAGAGGAGGACAGCAGUGUCGUGGACGUGUUAACCGGAACCGUAGUUGGUCCCGUCGCGUCGUCGUUGAACGUCGCAUUCCGUGUUGCGUUCGUGUUGAGUGCAGCCAACAAAGUGAUCAUCGUCGUGGCUGGAAAGACUCCAGGUGGAAAACACCGCAACCUCCUUCGUUUGUAUGCGUCCUGGCCGCUUGUGUGUGCCUGUUGUGCGAACGUGCGUGCCAUCGUACGUCCGUGUGCACGCCUGUUUACGCGGACACACAUAUUACGUCUUACACGAGGCGCUUGCGCCGCUCUUAACGACGAUUCGCGCGCGCCUCUUUUCGCGUCGUGGGAGUUUCGUGGCGCGAUUAAAACGAUCACGUCUAUUCGCAGGCACUCGCGUGAUCAUUCGGAGCACCGUCCACCAAAAUGAUCGGGAACCGUUUUCCUGGCUUACGGAAACAGCUCGAACAGCCAUGCUCGGCUGUGAACCUCCUCGACCCCCAGCGACGGUAAACGGAGAC